AUGGUUGGCCCUCCCUCAGAAUAUUUCUGUUAUUGUGACUGCGAUUUUAUUUCUGGUCCCCUCUACGAUGACGGAGCUACGAAAUUUGGAUGUAAAAACAUUUCAAACUUCAUCAAUAACCGUGAGUCUACGACUGACCAGGAACUAGGUACAAAUCAAGUAACGACGAAACCAAAAAUUCCUUUCAAAAGUACAAUAAUUCCACAAAUUACACAAGGGACUACGGAAGAAAUUACUAAAAAAUUAGAAACGACCAAAGCGAUAUCAAAAACUAGUGACAUUCCAAUUACGAGUAUUUUUAACGGUUCGCAAAAUAAGGAAAAUAAGGAAAAUCAAGACUUGCCAGAAGAACAUACCUCUGUUCUACGAAUAAUUGGUAUACUAGUUGGGUUCGGAGCAAUUUUAAUUAUUUUGGCCGUCGUAUUUCUUUUCAAAAGACAAGGAAAGAAACAGAAGCCAUCGACUGACAGGACUUGUAAGGUCGAACUUGACGUACUUUGUUCUUCUCUGGAUCCCCAUCCCGCCCUCUGGCGAAACUCUGAUUUCCUAUCUUGCAUAGGGAAAAUUGGUCACGGCUGCUUUGGCGUCGUUUUGAAAGCUGUGGAUCACAAUGACGUUUAUAACGGAGAUGGUUUCGCCAUUAAAUGUGUCGAUAUCGAUAAAACCCUCAAUUCCAUGUCAUCUCGCGAUUCUGCGUCACUUUUCUACAAACUUCUAAACGAAGUCCGCGCACUGAGCAGGCUAAAUUGUGACAAUGUCGUAAAAUAUCACAGCUGUUGGGCAGAAUCCGACGGAGUCGUGCACAUCGGAAGAGUUGAAUUGGAAGAAUGUAUUUCCACCAUUGUUUCUUCGGAUUCUCGGUUCUUCUCAGUCGGUAGUUCGAAUGCGUUGUUCGCGCGAAAUUAUCUCUUUUUGAAACUAGAAUUUUGCGAUACUACGUUAGAUAAGUUUAUAACGCAAUUUAAAAAUCAGUCAAGAAACUGUGAUGGGAAAAAUUGUCAAUUUAACUCAAUCGUCGUUGAUGCAGGCCGACAGAUAGCCACCGGUCUGAAAUAUGUUCACUCAAAAGGGAUCAUUCAUCGAGAUAUAAAACCAGCUAAUAUUUUGGGAAGGUUGACCGACUCGAGGGACGCAAUAACAUGGAAGAUUGGAGAUUUUGGGCUAUCAGUCAUACUUAAUGAUAAAGAGUACGGUGGAGCGUCGGCCGGAACAAGUUUGUAUCGUAGUCCGGAAAUGAAGAAUGGAUGUCCGUACUCAAGUAAAAGCGAUAUUUAUAGUUUAGGACUUUGUUUCUUGGAGAUGGCACAAUUGAAUGGAUGCCAAUUUUCGAAAUAUGAGGUAUUUAAUAAUUUAACAGAAAUCGGGGAACAGGCCAAGAAACAUGUGAUAAAGGAUAUCACUAUGGCCAAUUGCGGUGAGGAGUAUGGCAAGAUGUUGAUCAAAAUGUUGAAAAGAGAUUGGGAAAAAAGAUGGAAUUCUGGACAAGUUUGUGAAUUUAUUUCAACACAUUUUUAAAUAAUGGCCGUGAUAAAUCUGUAUGUAUUAGCUUAAAAUUUGAUUUUCGAGUGCCAAAAAAGUAACGAUGCAUUGUGACAAGUUGUCGAACUAAAAAUUAAAUUGUCUAAGCCCACUCAAGCAGAAAAUGUUUAUGAAGAUGUAUUUAAAUCUCUUCUUGAUUUAAAAAGUAAAUAAAAAAUAAACUGAGGAUGUAAUUAGUCACAUUAAAAAAAAUUGGCAAUACAUACAUUAUAAACAGUCAUAUAUGUUUAUUUGUUAAAUAGAAAAAAAAACAAAUAUGACCGUACAUUAGUGUCAACAAUAUCGUAGCGCAAUGAUUAUUGAAGACCUACUCUAAUUUUUGUAUUAUUUUACGCCAACUAGGCAUUAAUCGUAUAAUCCAAAAUGGUGACGUAAUCCAUUGAUUUAGUCGAAUUUUUAUGCUAGAAUCCCAAGUGUCCACACGACUUGUGCGGCCAAUAGAUACAUAUGAAAUGUUUAUAAAUACGCGAUAUAGAAAAAUUGUAUUAAAAAUAUAAAAGACGGGAACUUAGCUAUUUACAGAAGUUUGAAUUGAGUUUCAAAAUAAUUUAUUAAGUAUUUAAUUUAUGGGUAUGUUUUUUCAUGCUCAUACAUGUUCAUAAUUUAUUUCUCUGCGUUUCGAAAAUUUCU